UGCAAGUGCCGGCCGGGCCCGGGCCCGCCGCCGCCGCCGCCGGCCUCGUCGACCCCACGGCAGCCGGGGCUCGGGCUCGAGGGCGGGCCCGGGCCCCCGGGCAUGGCCCUCCGGAGCGCUCAGGGCGACGCCCCCGCCGCCUCGAGUCGCUGGAGCGGCGGCCCCGAGAAGCCGGACUUUAGUGCCAAAAGGAAAAAGAAAAUAGCAGAGAUCCAGCAGGCCCUGAACAGUGACCCCACGGACAUAGCUGCACUCAGGCGCAUGGCAAUCAGUGAGGGGGGGCUCCUGACCGACGAGAUCCGGCGCAAAGUGUGGCCCAAGCUUCUUAAUAUCAGCACCAGUGACCCUCCGCUUACAUCAGGGAAGGACCUACGAAAGAUGAGCAAGGACUACCAACAAGUGCUUCUGGAUGUCAGGCGGUCUUUACGUCGCUUCCCUCCUGGUAUGCCGGAAGAGCAGAGGGAAGGGCUGCAGGAGGAGCUCAUCGACAUCAUCCUUAUCAUCUUGGAGCGCAACCCACAGCUGCAUUACUACCAGGGCUACCACGACAUUGUAGUCACCUUUUUGCUGGUGGUAGGAGAGAGUCUGACCACAGCCCUGGUAGAAAAAUUGUCAACCCAUCACCUCAGGGAUUUCAUGGAUCCAACCAUGGACAACACUAAGCACAUAUUAAACUAUCUGAUGCCCAUCAUAGACCAGGUGAAUCCAGAACUCCACGACUUCAUGCAGAGUGCUGAAGUGGGGACCAUCUUUGCCCUCAGCUGGCUCAUCACGUGGUUUGGGCACGUCCUGUCUGACUUUAGGCACAUCGUGCGGUUAUACGACUUCUUCCUGGCCUGCCAUCCUCUGAUGCCCAUUUAUUUUGCAGCUGUGAUUGUGUUGUAUCGAGAACAGGAAGUCCUGGAUUGUGACUGCGACAUGGCCUCAGUCCACCACCUGUUGUCCAAGAUCCCUCAGGACCUGCCCUACGAAACGCUGAUCAGUAGAGCAGGAGACCUCUUUGUUCAGUUUCCCCCAUCUGAACUCGCUCGGGAGGCAGCUGCCCAGCAGCAAACAGAGCAAACAGCAGCUUCUACCUUCAAAGACUUUGAGCUGGCGUCUGCCCAGCAGAAGCCCGACAUGGUGCUGCGGCAGCGGUUCCGAGGACUUCUGCGGCCUGAAGACCGGACAGAAGACGUCCUGACCAAGCCGAGGACCAGCCGCUUUGUGAAACUGGCAGUGAUGGGACUGACCGUAGCACUGGGAGCAGCUGCUCUGGCCGUCGUGAAGAGUGCCCUAGAGUGGGCCCCGAAGUUUCAACUGCAGCUCUUUCCCUAGAUCAGAGCAGACACUUCUCUGACCUAGGACACGGUCUCACUCUUCCACAGAGGGCCUCUAUUAAAAGGGUCCCUGUCCAGGGUCUUCUCUUGCUGCCCCUCUUCCCUCAUGGUCCAUGGUUUGCUUGUCAGGCCAGCAGCAGAGCCUGCCACGUGGUGGCCAGCCAUGAAACUGGGAGUCACUGAGUAAGCUCUUGGCUGUCUCCCUGUGUGCUGGCACUGCCGGGUUGUUGAGCUCUCAGCUAUCUUUGGUACCUCCUGGUUGCUGGGAACUCCUCGCCUGUCCAGUGGUGAGGAAGACAGACCACCAUCUCCUCCUCACAGCUCUUCCUGUUCUCUUUGUAUCACCCAGACAAGGGGCGAGGGGAGCUUUGCCAAAGAAGCGGGACCUUGGAAGAAGGAAAGGGGCAGGGGAUGCUAACCUGGAUCCAGAGAGGCCCCUCUCAGGAGCUGCCC